AUGAAAUACGCAAGUUGUGCCUUGGCUCUGCUGCUCUGCAUCAUUUUGGAUUUUUCAAGCUGUUAUGACCAAGGCAUAUUUUUUAGAGAAAUAGAAAUUCUAAAGGACUAUUUUAAUUCAAGCAGUUCAGAUGUAGCGGAUGGAAAGCCUCUUUUUGUAGACAUUUUGAAAAACUGGAAAGAGGAGAGUGACAAAAAAGUAAUCCAGAGCCAAAUCAUCUCCUUCUACUUUAAACUCUUUGACAACUUGAAGGACAACCAGAUCAUCCAAAGGAGCAUGGACACCAUUAAGGAAGAAUUGUUCAUUAGGUUCUUCAACAGCAGCACCAAUAAACUGAAUGACUUCAUCAAUGUGACUCAACUUCCGGUAAAUGAUGUGCUGGUCCAGCGCAAAGCGAUGAGUGAACUCAUCAAAGUGAUGAAUGAUCUGUCACCAAGAUCUACCCUAAGGAAGCAAAAAAGGAGUCGGUGUUGUUUUGGGCUUGCAGGUCAUAAAAAUAAGGCUCAUCCUGCCAGAAGCUUUUGA